CUCUGUACACUAAUCUAAGCAAUUCUAUAAGCAAGAAAAAAACAUAAAAACCUCUACCAAAUCUCUCAUCAUUGGUCGAUUUACCAUCCAAGAAAACCAUGUUCCGCCUAUUUUUGUUGUUAAUAUUGAUUUGUAAGGUGUAUAGUAAUCCUCCAGAUGAUCCCAUCAAGUGUUCAUCAUCACCAACAAAGAAGUGCACCAUCACAAACUCCUACGGUGCCUUCCCUGACCGAACCCUGUGUCGUGCAUCCGACGUUGCCUACCCGACAACAGAACAAGACCUCAUCUCACUCGUUGCAUUGGCAACCAAAAACAAGAGAAAUAUCAAAGUAUCCACUCGCUUCUCUCACAGUUUGCCAAAGUUGGUCUGUCCUGACGGGGAAGAUGGGCUUGUCAUCAGUACCAAAUUUCUCAACAGGACUUUGGAGACUGACCAUCUGAGCAUGACCAUGAGUUUUGAGACCGGUGUGACAUUGAGAGACUUGAUUAGUGAGGCAGCCAAGGCUGGUUUGGCACUGCCUUAUGCGCCGUAUUGGUGGGGUGUGACUGUGGGUGGCAUGAUUGGAACAGGAGCUCAUGGAAGCAGCCUCUGGGGUGUUGGGAGUGCUGUUCAUGACUAUGUUGUUGGGCUCCGAAUCGUCACUCCGGCUGGACCUGAAGAUGGCUAUGCAAAGGUCUGGACCCUCAGCAAUGGUGACCCUGACUUGAAUGCAGCUAGAGUCUCUCUUGGAGUCCUUGGAGUUAUUUCACAGGUGACUCUCAGACUGCAACCCAUCUUCAAGCGAUCUAUCACCUUCUUAGAGAAGGAUGAUUCAGACUUGGGAGAUCAAGUGGGUAGCCUCGGCAAUCAACAUGAGUUUGCAGACAUGACAUGGUAUCCAAGCCAGAGAAAGGUGAUCUACCGGAUUGAUGACCGAGUCUCCUCGAAUGUCUCCGGCAAUGGCCUCAAUAAUUUCACCCCAUUCCGCUCCACUCUUUCAGCUGUAGUGGCAGCAUUAAGAACUGCAGAGGAGGUACAAGAGUUGAGAGGAGACGCUAAUGGGAAGUGUAUAGAUGGAAAACUUGCCACAUCAACUCUGAAGCUCACUGCCUAUGGCUACACCAACAAUGGUAUUAUAUUUACGGGAUACCCAGUAGUUGGGUAUCACAACCACCUCCAAUCCUCGGGAACUUGCCUUGAUAGCCAUGAGAAUGGAAAGAUCACAAUGUGCCCAUGGGACCAUAGGGUUAAGGGACUCUUCUUCCACCAAACCGCAUUCAGUAUUAGCUUAUCCAAUGUCAAGAGCUUUAUUCAAGAUGUGCAAAAACUAGUUGAUUUAGAGCCUAAAGCAUUGUGUGUCCUGGACUUGUACAAUGGAAUCCUCAUGAGGUAUGUCAAGGCCUCAAGUGCUUUCUUGGGCAAGCAAGAAGAUGGUGUAGACUUUGAUAUCACUUAUUACCGGAGCAAAGACCCAAUGACCCCUAGGCUUUAUGAAGACAUACUUGAGGAGGUGGAGCAGCUUGGCUUGUUCAAAUAUGGAGGGUUCCCCCAUUGGGGCAAGAAUCGAAAUGUGGCGUUUGAUGGUGCAAUCAAGAAAUACAAAAAUGUUGGAGAGUUCUUGAAGGUGAAGGCAAGGUAUGAUCCAUUAGGGAUUUUCUCUAGCAAUUGGACAGACCAAUUACUUGGAUUGAAAAAUGGAGUGACAAUGGUCCAGGAGGGUUGUGCUCUAGAAGGGUUGUGUGUAUGCUCUCAAGAUGUUCAUUGUGCCCCAAGUAAAGGCUACUAUUGUCGACCGGGAAGAGUUUACAAGGACGCAAGAGUUUGCACCAAGUUAAGUUAAGGAAUUUGAUAAUGUUCAUUCAAGGAUUAACUCAAAUUCAAAUUUAAAUAAUAUUCAUUUACAUAUGAAUGUCAAGAUUGAAUUUGAGAGGAUUGUCAUAGAUUUGAAACCACAAUUAUAUAUGAAAUACUUAUUUGAAAUUAUUCAAAUUAAGGAUUAUAAUUCUAUAUGAAUCUUAAUAAAAUAGUUUUGUUUCAA